UUGGCGAUUCAUGGCGAUGCCAUGAUGGUCUUUCCCCAAGAUUAACUGCACUCACAGCAAGUGAUUGGAAGAGAGGUGCAACUAGUAGGUAAACUUAACGAGAUACAUUUCACAGUAAAAGUUCAGUUCAAGCAAACAUAAUGAACAAAGUCCCAGUGGUACCUACAGUUGAACAGUACUGUAAACAUACAACAAAAGAAGUCAAACAAUGCUGUGAGUUCUGGAAGUUCUUUACAUAUUAGAAUAUAUUUGGUGGGAAGUUUAAUUAGAUCCUUGGAGGGUGAAGCAAUCUAAUAAAAACUUUCCACAGACUCUUAUAGUUCAUUUUUUUUAGAGAUGAGGUGCAUUUCAAAGCCAGGUACCUUUGAAUGAAUAAGACGUUCCAGUACAGACUGAAUGUUAGUAUUUUUAUGAAAGUGAGAGUUAUUUUUAAGUUUCCAUUGAUGUAUGCUGGUUAUGUAAUCUACUUGGUUUAUAACUGAAUCUUUAUUUUAUACAACAUUAAUGGAUGAUAAACUUAAUGUAACAUAUAUAACUCUUGAUGGGCAUGUAGAAGUGGGCAAAUACAGAUAUCUUUAUUUUUUGGUUAUGCUUACAGUAUAUAUUCUAAUAAUCUGCUGUAGUUUCACCAUUGUGGGCCUUAUCUGGAGGCACAACAACCUCCAUGAGCCUAUGUACAUUUUCAUUGCAGCUUUGCUUCUGAAUUCUGUUGUUUUCAGCACUGCUAUGUACCCAAAGUUGUUAAUUGACUUUUUGUCCGAAAAACAGAUGAUAUCAUAUUCAGCCUGUAUCUUUCAAUUUUUCCUAAGUUACUCCUUAAGGGGUUCAGAGUUCUUUCUGUUGGCAGCCAUGGCCUAUGACAGGUAUGUGUCUAUAUGUAAACCUCUGCAAUAUCCAACUAUCAUGACAACAACUACAGUGAGAAUUUUCCUGGCUUUUGCUUGGCUUAUGCCUGCUUGUCAGGUUGCAGUUCAAGUAGUACUGAGUGCUCAUAUGAAACUCUGUAAGUUCACUUUAAAAGAAAUUUUAUGUAACAAUUCAAUUUACAGUCUUCACUGCGUGACUUCGAAAGUAAUAUAUAAUUUUGGUAUUUUUGGUGUGCUAAGUCUUGGGCUUUUGCCUUUGCUCUUCAUACUUUUCACAUACACCAGGAUACUUGUAAUAUGUUAUCGAAGUUGUGGAAAUGUCAGAAAAAAAGCUGCACAGACCUGUUUACCCCACCUGUUGGUUUUAAUCAGCUUUUCCUGUUUGUGUUCAUAUGAUAUCAUUAUAGGUCGAGUGGGAUCUGAUUUUCCAAAAAUAGUACGUUUAAUAAUGACUUUACAAGCACUUUUGUAUCAUCCUCUCUUCAAUCCAAUUAUAUAUGGACUAAAAAUGAAAGAAAUCUCUAAACAUCUGAAGAGGUUGUUCUGUCAAAGCAAUGCAAUCUUGUGUAUUAAAAGUGAUGUUAGAGUAAUUGUGUUAAUUAAAAGUUAUAAGUAACAUAAA